AUGUCAACAACAGAGAACACAACAACAGUUAUAGUCCAUGAAGCUAUAAAUGAAGAAUACGAGUACAUACAGUUUAACAAACAACUCCGUCUCAUUCGUUCGGUCAAAGACGAUAUGUACCAAAUGCAAAGUAUUUUGAACGCUCUUCGUUCUACAAAGCAAGCAUAUCAUUGGUUUGAAAACCAACAGACAAAAGAACUUUUAGAAGAAUUUCCUCAUAUGUUUGCUUCCCUCGAAAAACCGAGGAAUGAGAUUCCGUAUGAAAAUCGUAAAAAUUUGCCAAUAAAUUUAAGAGGAUAUUAUGUUCAUAGACUUUUAGUAAAUGCCGUAGCAAUGUGGGCUUCACCUCGUUAUGCUUGUUAUAUUUACAGACUUCUUGACGAAAUUCACAGACAAGAACGCGAAGAGCUAGAGAACAAGCUUGAAGCAAAAGACAAAAGCAUUCAGAAAAGAAUACCACGUUCGGUACCAAAAGGAAAGGAAAAGAACUAUAAGUAUAUGAUUUAUACUGAAGAGAUGGAAAAUGAAGAAGACAGAGAUAUGGUUAUGUUGCAUUUAGUCAGAAGAAACAACAAAAGCUUUUACGACCUUGCUAAGAUUUACAAAUCUGACAGAAAUUGGUUCUAUCGCGAAAACUUACCGAUUUCAAUGACCCCGAAUGAAGAUGUGAAACAAAUAGUUCAAGAUACGUUACCUCAAACACACUAUGAUAUGAAAGGUUGUACAAUACUUACCUUCAAAGAAGACUUACCGCUACUGAAAGAAAAAAUAACAGAGUAUUUUGACAACUUCAAACAAGUAGGGUAG